UUAGAAUGAUACAUAAUAGAUAAAUGUGCCUUAUUUUAUUUGAAGAUGAUUCUGUCUUUAGUGUUUUUCGCUUUGUUCUAUAAAUCUGUUAUCGGAGAUUGCCCUGAUCUGUGUAGCUGUAAAUCUGAGGAUUCCCGUCCAUAUCAGUGUUACAGCGCUUAUUAUGAUAUACUGGUAAACUGUUCUACUAAAGCAUUAACCAAGAUACCUACCAACGCCAGAAACACCUGUAGAUUAGACCUUUCCGGCAACAGCAUAACCACAAUACAGGAGAAUGCAUUUAGUGGUCAGUCACGUCUACUGUACCUGGACCUAUCCGUCAACAGCUUAACUACAAUUCACGAGAAUACAUUUAGUGGUUUGUCAAGUCUACUGCGUCUAUUCCUCUCCGGCAACUACUUAACCAGAAUACAGGAGAAUACAUUUAGUGGUCUGUCAAGUCUACUGCGUCUAGACCUGUCCAACAACAACAUAACUACAAUACAGGAGAAUGCAUUUAAUGGUCUGUCAAGUCUACUGCGUCUAGAACUAUCCAGCAACAGCAUAACCACAAUACAGGAGAAUACAUUUAGUGGUCUGUCAAGACUACUGAGUCUACUCAUCACCGACAACAACAUAACCACAAUACAAAAGAAUGCAUUUAGUGGUCUGUCACGUCUACUGGAUCUAGGCCUAUCCGGCAACAGAAUAACCACAAUACAGGAGAAUAUAUUUAGUGGUCUGUCAGGUCUACUGGAUCUAUUCCUCUCCGGCAACUACUUAACCAGAAUACAGGAGAAUACAUUUAGUGGUCUGUCAAGUCUACUGCGUCUUUCUUUAAAUGGUAAUCCUUUUCACUGUGAUUGCGAGCUGAAAGGCUUUGUCAGAUUUCUGAAAUCAAAGAUGUUUGCCUUGGGUGACCCAGAAUGUGCUUCUCCUGGCAACUUGAGCGGAACUCUACUCAUCGAUCUAUCGGUAUCAAACUUGACGUGUCUUCCCGGUGACAUAAGCACACUUGAUAAAACUGACUUUGAGAUUGGGACAUCGUCCUUGACCUUGUCUACCUGGGAAACUAGCUCUCUGACUCCGUCUUCUACGAAUGUUGAUGUUUUCACCACCUCAGAAAGAAAUUAUUUUUUCUACGGAAUCCAAUCUUUGAUAACAAAGAGUUUGCGACACGAUUGCCGUCAGUAGUUCCAAAAACUGCAUCCAAAUUUGACAAUAUAUGUAUUUCGAAAUCAUUGUGAAUUUCACAGACAUUUCCACACUAUUUCAUUCUAAGAUAUAUUGUUAAUUAUAGUGACAAUAUCUAAUAAGUUAUAUUGUUAAAAAUGUUAUAAACCAAUGAAAUCUGAGAACAUAAAUGUUGCUCUUUUUUUUAAUCAUAUAUAUUUAUUUGUUUAAAUAAAUAUAAAUAUGUUUAAAUUGUCCGUAUGUAUGUUAAUUAUUCAUGUGGGAUAACUUUAUCAUGCUGUUAUGUAAUAAUUACAAAACGUUGGAAUGUUCAUCCCUUAAUUAUAAAAUGUCAGUUGACAUGGUUGUUUGUUUGCUGUUUAUAACAAAAACGAUUUUUUUUCUCAUAUGGAGACACCAACACUUAUCGUUGGAUGGCUGCAAAUUUAUAUCUAUAAUUCGCACUUGCGUCUCCAUGUGAGUUAAAAUUGUCGAGGGGGUGUUAAACACUAUACAAUCAAUCAAUCAAUCAACGAACUUAAGUCCAAUCAGCAUCAAUGGAUCUUUUCUCCUGUCUACAUCUGUUGCAACAUGGGAGCUCAGCUGAUAAAUCUCAUACGCUGGACAGUUAUCCAUGCCCCGCGUUUGGAUUCGAUUCAAUGAUAUAAUGCUCAAUUCCUUACACCGCUACCAUUAUGCAAAUCUCUAACCACUGAGCCACGCGCGCAACCUGGUACUUUGUAAAAUAAAAACAUUUAUACAGAAAAUAAUGUCAUUUAUUUUAAAAAUUAAUUUUUAUUUCCAUUAUACAAUCAUAAGUUAUUUAUAAAUAUAACGUUGUUAUUUUUUGUCCCCCGCUUGAAAAGUGGGGGAUAUUAAUUUGGGUUUGUCCGUCCGUCCGUCCGUCCGUCUUUCUGUCUGUCUGUAACGCAUUCGUUUCCACACGAUAUCUCGAGAACCCUUUGAGCUUUUGCAAUGAAAUUUAGCAUAGCAACUCCCUGUGGACUAAAGAAGACCCCUAUUGAUUUUGAGGUCAAAAGGUCAAAGGUCAAGGUCAUAAAUAAGCAAAUUCUGUCUGUUAAAACACCUUCGUUUCCACACG